CUGGGCCAGACCUCACAUACGGUACGCCACCGUCGCUUUUCCGUGCCAUGUACAUAAGCGCUCCAACUGAUCUUGAUGUCGUACAGGUGACCGUCGGUAUCGAAGGAUCGUUCUAUUCGCCUCCAACGAUCUCCGCCGGCCUGAACGACACGGUCGUCUUUGUCUUCGGCGGAGACGUGCACACUGUCACGCAGAGCACCUUCGCGUCGCCCUGUGUACAGCUGGCUGGCGGGUUCAACAGCGGAUUCGCAGGGAGGGG